AUGGAAGUGAUAACCCAUUAUCUUCCGUGGUCAUUCUUCUUCGCGGCCAUAGCCAUACUCUUCCUGAGACGCAGAACCUCCAAGCACUCCCCUUUUCCUCCAGGCCCAAGACCCCUCCCGGUAUUGGGCAACCUGCUCCAGCUCGGCCAAAAUCCCCCCCGCUCCUUGGCCCGUCUUGCCCAAAUCUAUGGACCAGUCAUGUAUCUCAAGCUCGGCAGCAUCCAAACAGUCGUCAUCUCCUCGCCAAGCUCAGCAAAAGAAGCCCUUAAAACAAAAGAGAAGUCCUUGUCCGGCCGACAAGUCCCUGAUGUCGUCCGAGCCUUCGACCACCACGAGACCUCCUGGGUCUGGUCCUCUCGAAACGAAUCAUGGCGGUUCCGCACUCUUACAAAGACCCAUCUCUUCAACGCGCAGUCUCUCGAAGCAAGCCAACAGCUUCGCCAGCGAAAGGUUCAGGAACUCGUCGCAUAUAUCAAGGGGAAGCAUGGGGAGGCCGUGCACAUUGGUCGGGCAGUGUUCUGCGUCGUGCUCAAUCUGAUAUCGAACACCAUUUUCUCCACUGAUAUGGUCGAUUUCAAAUCGGAUUCAGCUCAGGAGUUAAAAGAUUUGCUUUCAUCGCUGAUGGAGGAGGCGGGCAAACCGAACCUCUCUGACUUCUUCCCUUUUUUGGCUCCAAUGGAUCUCCAAGGUCGGAGGCGCCGUUUUACUUCAUACUAUAAGAAGUUGCAUGAUUUUUUCGAUCAAAUGAUAGAAAAUCGAUUGGGGGCAAUUGAAGGAGAAGGAAGAAGAACAAAACAGGACUUUUUGGAUGCCAUUCUUCAACAAAAUCGAGAAGACAGCUCCAAGCUUAGCAGGAAAACCAUAAAUUCCUUACUGAUGGAUUCUUUCGUCGGUGGAACCGAGACUACAACUACUGCAAUGGAGUGGGCAUUGGUGGAAUUGCUUCGCAGGCCUGAUCUGAUGAGAAGGUCUCGGAACGAGAUUUUGACAGUCGUCGGGUUGGCGAGAGAAGUUGAAGAGUCAGACAUGUCAAGUCUACCAUUUCUCCAAGCGGUGCUGAAGGAGACAUUCCGGCUUCAUCCGCCGGCACCAUUUUUACUGCCUCACAAAGCAGAGGAGAGGACGGAGAUAAACGGAUACAUGGUGCCGAAGAACAGUCAGGUGCUUGUUAACGUGUGGGCGAUCGGGCGAGACGAGCGGGUUUGGAAGAAUGCGGAUUGCUUUGCUCCGGAGAGGUUUAUGGGAGGAGGGGAGAUUGAUUUCCGGGGACAUCAAUUUGAGCUGCUGCCAUUUGGUUCGGGACGGCGGAUGUGUCCGGGGUUGCCGUUGGGUGUUCGGAUGGUGCAGCUCGUCCUGGCCUCGCUUAUUCAAAACUUUGAAUGGAGUUUGCCAGACGGAAUGAAGCCUAGCGAUUUGGAUCUUACGGAGAAGUUUGGACUCACCCUCGUCUUGGCUUCUCCGCUUCGGGCAGUGGCUUCUACACCCACACAAAUCUGAAUACUAUGAACUUUUUAUUAAUAUAAUUAUAUAUGCAUGCAUGCACAAAUAAUAAAUAUUAACUAGUUACUGUGUACCUUUCUUUUUUUUAAGAUAAAACUAU